AUGUCGAAUUUCUGGUGGCCCAAGGCUCGUUCUGAUGUUAAACGUAUUGUUAAGUCUUGUGAGGCCUGCCAGUUUACUAGAUUUCCUAGAGUCGAUAAGUCAGCUGCCUCUCAUUGGUUUUGUCCCUCUAGAGCUUUCGAGACUGUCGGAGUGGAUUUAUUAGGUCCACUCAUUGCUGCUAAACGUAAUGAGAGGUAUGUCAUGUCGAUUACAUGUUUGCUGACAAAAUUCUGUCUUUUCUUCGUGAUGACGAAGAUAUCUGCUAGUGAGCUUUGUAGGGUAUUCGAGACUGAAUUCCUUCUGAAGUAUUCAUGCCCUCGAACGGUUAUUUCUGACAAUGGAAUACAGUUUGUGAAGAGUCUCGACUUCAGCAGCCUAUUAUCACUAUAUCAUGUGAGACAUGUCUGUAUUCCAGUAUAUCACGCAGCGAGUGGUGGCUUCUAUGAGAGAGGCCAUGCCGUGGUGAAUAUGGCCCUACGAGCAGUUCUGGAUGAAAAUCGUCAUGUUACCCUACACGAAGCCUUAGCCUUCGCUCAAGCUCGAGUCAAUAGUACUAUCGAUCCGGUUCUGGGCGUCAGUCCUCAUGAAGCUGUUUAUGGUUUCCCACUCCAAUCUCCAUUAGCACAAUGGGCUUCUUCGCAUAUUAGUACAGCUCAGGUGAAUGAUGAUGCUAUUGAAAGAUUCAUCGCACACCCUAAUAAGAAGCAUAAACGUGCUAUCAGAUCUGCUUGUGACAAGCUACGGCAGAGGAGGGAGAAGAUUAUGGAGGACUGGAAGCAGCUUUGGCAAGAGCGUAAGCCGCAGCGGGCUAACGAGCCGAACGAGUUCGAUGUGGGAGAUAAGGUUUUGGUAUGGACGCAACCAAGCCACAAACUCGACCGUAUGUGGCGGGAAGGUGAGAUUAUACGCAGGGUCGGUUCCCGUUGUUAUGAAGUCAAGUCUAAUGGUAACCGUUCCCAGCUCUACAGUGCUGAUCACCUGAAGGCCUUUCUUCCUAAUGGAGCUUAUGAUGACGACGAUAACCACAAGAUCACUGACGAUGAGCUUUCUGGAGAGCCUACUCUGUCUACACGUUCACUGAGGCACACUAAAUUUAUAUUGUGGAAAGAUCCACAAGAUUCUAAAACUCGUUACGGUAAGAUUGAGCGUUGGACAGGUAGCGGUCAGUAUAUGGUCCACGAGUAUCGUCUACUAAAUAAACGACUUCUACCACUAUGGAUUGGUCCCGAUGGUAAGCUAUCAACUAUCGGUAAUGUCGCAGCCUUUGUGAGAUUGUCCCCAAGGGAUGUCAAGAAGAUCAAAGUGGAUGAGGUCACAAACACCCUACUAGAAGAGAGCUUAGAUGAGGUGGCUCCUUGA